CACAUUAGCUUGAGAUUGCGGGAAGACGAGAGUGCUGGGUUUAUUCAUUCACGGGCUUCUCGAUAUUUCCUCUUACCAUCCCCUUUCCUAAGAAGAUAUACCCCGUUAGUACAGCGUCAUUUGUGCUACCCUCCCCUGAAUCGGAGCUAAAGGGACCAGAGAGUGGUUUCCUUGUUUGUUUUUUUACCUUUUUCUGCUGCAGGACGCACGCUGAUGGCGGUCACUAUCGAGGAUCUCUAUAAGAGCUACGGGGUCCUGGCUGAUGCUAAGGACGACCUCAGCCAGCACAAAGAUGCCUACCAAGUGAUCUUGGAUGGCGUGAAGGGUGGCCCGAAGGAAAAGCGUCUGGCAGCGCAGUUUAUUCCCAAGUUCUUCAGCAGCUUUCCCGAACUGGCGGAUUCAGCCAUCAAUGCCCAGCUCGAUCUCUGUGAAGACGAGGAUGUGUCGAUCCGACGACAGGCCAUCAAGGAGCUUCCUCGGUUUGCAACUGGAGAAAACAUCCUCAGAGUUGCAGAUAUUCUCACCCAGCUCCUGCAGACAGACGAUACCGCAGAGUUCAACCAAGUGAAUGGAUCGCUUAUUGCUAUCUUCAAGAUGGACGCUAAGGGUACUCUCGGAGGCCUCUUCUCUCAGAUCCUGCAGGGAGAGGACAUCGUGCGCGAAAGGGCCAUCAAGUUUCUGUCCACCAAACUGAAGACCAUGACAGAGGAGGUCAUGACAAAGGAGGUGGAGGACUACAUCUUUGCCGAAACAAAGAAGGUGCUGGAGGAUGUGACGGGCGAGGAGUUUGUGCUGCUGAUGCGGGUGGUGUCCAACCUGCGGGUGCUGCAGACGAUGAACGGCCGGCAGAUGCUGGUGGAGCUGGUGGUGGAGCAGGCCUUCCUAGAGCAGGCUCUGAACACGGCCGACCCCGACACCGUGGACCGCCUGCUGCAGUGCACCCGCCAGGCCCUUCCCCUCUUCUCUAAAAAUGUCCACUCUACACGUUUCAUCACCUACUUCUGUGAACACGUCCUGCCCAACCUCAGCGCCCUGACCAGUCCUGUGGCUGAGCUGGACAUCCAGUUGGAGGUGCUGAAGCUGCUGGCUGAGAUGAGUCCGUACUGUGGAGACAUGGAUAAGCUGGAGCCCAACCUCAACAUGCUGUUCACCAAGCUGCUGGAGUUCAUGCCUCUGCCACCUGAUGAGGCAGAGAACGGGGAGAGCUCAGCGAACGAGGAACCUAAACUGCAGUUCAGCUACGUGGAGUGUCUCCUCUUCGGCUUCCACCAGCUAGGCAAGAAGCUGCCCGACUUCCUCAUCGACAAAGUGGACGCCGAGCGCCUGAAAGACUUCAAGAUCAGGUUACAGUAUUUUGCCAGAGGCCUGCAGGUUUACAUCCGACAGCUGCGGGUAGCACUGCAAGGAAAGACGGGAGACGCUCUGAAGACAGACGAGAACAAAAUGAAGGUGGUGGCCCUCAAGAUCACAAACAACAUCAACGUCCUCAUCAAGGAUCUCUUCCACAACCCUCCAUCAUUUAAGAGCACAGUCACUCUGUCCUGGAAACCAGUCCAGAAGUCGGAGGCAGUGGCGCCUAAGCGCCCCUCAGCUGAUGAGAUGGGCACCGGCGGCAGCACAAAGAAGCAGAUCUCUCCUCUGCCCCGGAGGGACGCACGGCAAAUCUACAACCCCCCCAGCGGCAAGUACAGCGCCACCAUUGGCAAUUUUACUAAUGAGCAGCACGGUGGCUUCAGGGGCGGCCGAGGACGAGGCUUCAGAGGAAACAGGAGCCGAGGCCGACCCUACUGAGAUCCCCCCCUCACACUCACACAGUACAUAUUGCUCAUUGAACUGCAUCACAUGAGGAUCUUUUCCGCAUCACGACGGACUAUUUGUCACUACUGUUCUUUUUUUUAAAAACUGGUCUCCACGUCUUUUUCACUCUCCGGCUCGCACGUCCCGUUUUUGUGUUGUGGUUUUUUGAUUGGGGUUCAGUUUCCAGUCUUCAGAAUAUCCAAACGUUUUAACAUUUACUCCCAGUGUUCCUCUUAUGUGAUGGGUAAACCUUUUUUUAAAAAAAAAUAUUCGGUGUAUUUUUGUGCAACAAAAGACUGCCCAGUUGUAACUGAUGAAUAUUUUUGUCGGCUUGUUGUAGGAAAGAUAAAGAUCCUCUUGUUUGACAUGUUGAUGAAAGCAUUUAUUUCUACCUUUUUUAAUUUAAUCUUGUUUUCUUUUUUUUAUUAGAUCUUAAGUUGAAUUGGCUGACUAUGCUACUUUGUAUGAAUCAAUGAUGUUUCAUUGGAUUUUUAUCAUAAACUUGUAUGGAAGUAUGAA